AUCAUGGACAAGCUCAACCACCAGAAGGCCCUCGCCGAGGAGAAGCUCGAGGCUGCCAACUAUGAGCUCAAGAGUUUGAGGGAUGACUUGGAGAAGCUGAGGUUGCAUCCCGAAAAGAAGGACGAGCUGGAGAAGACUAAGGGGCAUGCUAGAGGACGAUGUGAAGAAGUUUAAUCUUCUGAUUGAGGAUGUUGGGAGGAAGAUUGAGGAGAUGGUGAAGGUGCUGGCAGAGAAGGAGAAGGUUCUGGAGGCGAAGGAGCGGGAGAACCAUAGGGUUUGCGAGGAGAACAGGGAACUAAGGAGGAUGGUGGAGGCGCAGCCUGUUAAUGCGAGGGAUGUGGAGAGGAUGAAGAGGGAGUUGCAGGCUUUGGAGAGGGAGAUCGAGGUGGGCGAGCUUGCCAGGAAUGUUUGGGAGGACAAGUCCCAGGAACUGGAGAAUAGUCUUUCUCACGAGUUCAAGGACCUUGAGGCGCUUGCUUUGGAUUGCAACCAAGAGCUGAGGAGGUUGAAGAUCGGUGAUGAUAUUCAGUAUCAGUUGAAUGCCAAGGGAACUAGGCUGCUGAGAUUAUGGGUUUUGACCGUAAAUUGAGUCUGAAGCCUGCACUUAACUCGUACACUGAGGACAUUAAGAAGAUUUCUAUGAGGAGAUGGUAAGAGUUAAUUUCCUAUCAGCAAAUGUCCAAUGAAAAUGCUUCUGGGCUUGAGGAAAAAAGAAAUAAUGUUGCAACAGUGCAGUCACAGAUUGAUAAAGGUAUCUUGGAUUCCAGGCAUCAUCCCCUUUAGACCACAGAAGUAAAUGUGAGCCCCGUUGUCGAGAAGUUUGAAGAUCUCAUCGCGAUAUUCCUCAGUCUUAUCCUGAACAUACAUCUUGCUUCCGCUCCUGUUCUUCUG